AUGGAGACCGGGAUCUUGGAGCCCCAGCAGUUCUGGAAUGAUGAAUUCCUCUCGACCGAGUACGACAUCUCCCGUUGCUCGUACAAGCUUUUCGACUCUUCGAUCUUUGGGGCUCAUGCGGACUAUGUCCGUCGCCAAAUCAUCUAUUGUCUCCUACAGGAGGAUGAUCUGAAAACAUUACACUUUAUCGCAUCCUUCCUGCUUUUCGAUGGACGGCAAAAUGAGGCCGCUCUGCAAAUGAUGAAUGAAGAAGGCGUCUUUGGACGUCUUCUUGAACUGAUCCAGACGCUCCGCAACCUUGAGACCGAGGGUGAUGCUGGUCUUCACCGUCUGCUCAUGGACCUGUUGUAUGAAAUGUCGCGGAUUCAACGGAUUAGGAUCGAAGAUUUGGUCCUUGUGGAUGACGAUUUCGUACGCUGUCUGUUCGACAUUAUCGAGGAUCUAUCAUACGAUGUCACCGAUCCUUACCAUUAUCCUGUGAUCCGGGUGUUGCUCGUUCUCAAUGAACAAUUUAUGAUCUCAGCUCACAAUCCAGCUGACGAACGGUUCUCUUCCGGCAAAUUGACCAACAAAGUCAUCAAGGUGCUGUCGGCAUAUGUCCUGCAUGCGUCCAUUGUGUCUAUCCCAUACUCCCAUGGCGACGCAAGCUCACACGAGAACACAGCCGAGACGUCCCUGCAGUUGUUGACACUCAAGCUGCUGUAUUUGAUUUUCACCACCCCGAGCACGUACGAGUACUUCUUUACGAAUGAUCUGCACGUGCUAGUGGACAUUCUGAUUCGCAACUUGCUUGACCUGCCGGAAGAGGCGUCUGCACUACGACAUACUUAUCUACGAGUGCUCUACCCACUCUUGGCACACACGCAGUUACGGCUCCCUCCGCAUUACAAGCGGAACGAGCUCAGGAACUUGCUGCGAAUCCUGGGUCGCGGACAGAUCACUUAUGGAACCGAGACUGAGCAAGAGAAGAUUCUUCAUUUUGAAGAGGUAGACGAGACCACUCGAAGGCUUGUUGCACGAUGUGCCACAGUCGACUGGCUAUGCUCCCCCGAUUCCCCAUCUACUGCGACUCCGGUUCUCGAAACCUCGGCUCAAGCCCAGGCACCCGCGAAGAUUGCGACAGUCUUGGAAGAUGCGAGUCAGCAAGACUCACCUGUUGAAAUUGAGCCGGCCGAUGUUUCGACGCCUCUCUCCCGAACAAGUACUAGCCCUGAUACAGCCGACAUGGUACCUCCGACAAGGGUUGAUUCACUAGAAUCCCGCGAUUCAUCUAGCGCCUUUGAAUCACGACGUGGGUCUAGCGCAAGCGCCAUGAGAAGGCUUGGUAUGCACCUUGAACCUGCAUCAGCAUCCACACUCAGUGUUCAGGCCGUUGCAGCGCAACACGAGAAGCCCGGCGUCAUCACGCCCAGCCGUACUGGCGGCAAAGAAGACGUUCACUUGCCUCCCGAGGUGCCAGUGUUGCGUCUUCCAAAGGUCAAGCCUGCACCACCCAAGUCCCGUCGGUCGCGCGGUCGUCGUCUCGUGGUUGACGAGGAAGAGCAACCUUCAACCAGUGCUAGCAGCAUUGACCGAAAUAACAAUACUGGAAGCGACGACAUGAGUCCAACGUCUGUGCAUGAGUCGCCCACGAAAUCGUUACUUCAAGCGGCAGCUACUGCCUCGGCUCACGCAACCGUGAAUCCAAGCCCUAACACAAGUGAGAGGACUCCUGAUCAAGGACAGACUUCAAUUGGCCUUGGCGCUGCUGCCGCUGCCGCCGCCGCCAAUAAAGCAACACCUGUGACUCCUACGACAGCGCGACGAUCAGCAUCGCAUCCUCCUCCAGCCGUUCCUCCACCUCGUCGAUCAGCGCACACCACCCCAUCGACUAGUCACCAUCGCUCAUCAAUUGCAUCAGCAUCAACUUUCUGUCCGUCGACAGACCUCAUACUCCACACUCACCCUACCCCCACCACCAUGACAACCACUACAUCAACACCAACUCCUACGACCGCCAACAAACAUGGACAAAAACCGGCCCCGCCCAAAGCUCGUCGCUGGGGCCGCAGCAAACCCCAAACCCACCCCCACUCCCACUCCCACACAGACUCCAUGGAAAGCGGCAUCAGUACCGGAUCUCAAGCGAAAGAAAGCGACGCCGAGGCCGUGGCGUUUGCACAGACCCAGGAGCCAGCCGGCCCCGAGGAAGGAAGUGUUUCCGAUCCAUUCUCACCGACCAGUCCAACUGGUCCUGAUCCUCAUUUUAAUCCCACGUUGGUGGCAUCUCCUGAUAAUAUGAAGGGAUCCGUGGGACCUGUCAGUGUUGAAGAGGCGGUCCAGAAUGUAUCUUUACAUUGA